AUGCAAUUAAAGGUCAAGACAUUAACAGGGAAGGAAAUCUCCGUAGAUGUUCAAAGUUCAGAAACGGUCUAUCAUAUCAAAGAGCUAUUAGAAGAAAAAGAGGGUAUUCCACCAUCACAGCAGAAGUUGAUCUUCCAGGGCAAACAAAUAGAUGAUAACGCAACAAUCGGCAGUGCCGACUUGCAAGAUGGAUCUCUUUUACAUCUUGUUCUAACUUUAAGAGGCGGUUGUUGA